CAGUUAGCGAAGCUCAUCUGCCACAUAUGGUGUAAAAAGAGGAGCUAUGUUACGCUUGGAGUGCGAAAUAAAACAACGCUAACUGUAUUCAUGGGUUUUUCGCACAUAAUUUGUUAAAUAUAUAUAUCCUUCUAUAAAUAUUAACAACACUAUAAGCGCAUAUUUUUUUUUUUUUUUAAAGCGGGGUUUAGUGCACUAAAUGGAGGAGAAGAAGGAAGACGGAGACUCGGAGAUACAGGAACACGGACCCGAACACUGGUUCUCAAAAUGGGAGCGGCAGUGUUUGGCCGAAGCGGAGCAGAGGGAGCCGAGCGAGGAGGAGGCCGACAACGACCAGGAUAAACUGUGGCACCUUUUCCAGAACUCCGCCACAGCUGUAGCACAGUUAUACAAAGACAGAGUAUGUCAUCAGCAGGGCCUGUCAUUGUGGGUGCCAUUUCAGAACUCUGCCACAGCAGUAACCAACCUUUACAAAGAGAGUGUGGAGGCCCAUCAGAGGAGCUUUGACCGGGGCUUCCAGAUAGGACACCAACGGCGCAAUAAGGAUAUGUUGGCCUGGGUGAAAAAGCGCCGGAGAACCAUCCGUAGAGAGGAUCUUAUCAGCUUUCUGUGUGGCAAAGCACCACCACACAGGAGCAGCAGGGCCAACACCAGACUGGCUAUGGUGGCCCCCAGCCGGGCUAAUUCCCCAGCUGAGACUGGCUCGUCUGUGGAAGCAGACCUGCAGCCCUUCAGGGAGGCCAUAGCACUGCAUGGUCUGAGUGGAGCCAUGGCGAGUAUCAGUGUGCGCUCCGGUGCUCCAGGGUCUCCAACACACGUCAGUGGCAGCAGCAGUAACGGAGGUGGCGCUGGUGGAGGCGGCUCCUCUGGCUCAGGCCCCGUUUGCCGCAGCAGGCGUAACGGGCUCCAGGACGUCGACCUGAACACUUUCAUCUCAGAGGAAAUGGCCCUGCAUCUGGACUCUACAGGCUCUGCCUCUGCCGGAGGGGGAGGAACCAGGAAACGAAACUCCACCCAGUGCAGUGAUGUCAUCACAGACUCCCCUACGCACAAACGCAACAGGAUGAUCUGAUGUGCUGCCUGCCUAUGUUUGUGAGGGGGUGGGGGGAAGCCUUGGAAACUGAGGCUAGGAGAGGGGGAUGGAUGGGCUCAUGUGGGACAGAUUUGCAGAUGGAAGGACAGACAUAUGGAUGCCUGACUGUGCAAAAGAUCCCCGCUGAAAAUGAAAACAGUGACUGAAGUUUCAGCCUGAGUUCACUCUUCUGAGAUGCGGAAUGAAUUCUGUUCCUUGUCUCCUUUCCCAACAUUAUUUCUACAAAUCACUGAACUGCAAUCAGAUCACUCAAAGAGUGUGUGGGGGGAGGGGGAGGAGACCAGGGUGUAAGUACUGCAUCGCUGCCCUGGAAAGGAGACGGUGGAAGGGAGUCAGCAACUCAUUCUCGGAUGCUAACAGUUCUCAAAGGGGGGGGGGGGGGGGGGGGGGAGGGAUGCAGCGUACUGCUUGACAAGAAAAGCCACUUGAUCCUUGACACAUUAGUGCUCUUCCCUCCCAUACCUUAACCUCACCCAUCCUCACCCGCCACCUUAAUAAGGAAGUGAGGGCCAUGAUCAAAUCGACUCACUCACAGAAUCAAGUUUCUCUCGCCAAAUGUUGAUUCCCACUCUGUCAGAGACUGGCCUCCGCAUCGAACCACACGCCUCUUUCUGUUACUUUGAGGUAAAUUGUCCAGUAGGAGAUCAUCUGGGACAUCAUCCUGCCGCUUGUACACGGUUACAUUUCUCUGGUUACUCAGUUAAAGGCCUGCAAUGUUCGGACAUUCAGGCCCUAUUUUCUGCUUCAACAGUGGCUCACUUUAGUUCAUCCUGUCGCCCCUUUUGUCUUUAGUUCAUCAGCCACCAGUAUUACUUUUCUAGGUUUGUUGCCACGGCUUUUCAGCAGUGAUAGCCAAGUUAACUUUCGGUUCUUUCUCCCUCUUGUUUUUUUUUUUUGCUUUGUUAUUGUUGUACUUGAGGAUAAUGAAAAGGAUUUUUUUUUUUAAUAUUACUUGUGUAUACAGCUUCUCAGACAGCUGUUUCCUUAUUGCGAUGUCCUCUCCCUCCUUUACCCUUAGUCUUAUUUUGAAAGCAGCUGCUGUUUUAUGUGAUCUUGCUGAUGAGUUGCAAUAAGGAUUUUUUUUUUUUGCACUUAGCUUUCACCUCUUACUCAUGCAAACUAAAUCGGCUCUUCCAUUGUAUCCCAGUCGUAGCCUUAGAAAAGCCCCGCUUGAGGUCAGUCCUUACAUUACUUUACCAGUUGGUGCUUAGAAAAAAUAGGAAUGGAGCACUCUCGCACACCUCUGGUUUCCAAAAAAAAAAAAAACUCUUUAGAAGUAUUUGAAUAAGUUGUGGAGUGUUUCUGACUCAGAGUCCUUUCGCUGUCUGUCAGAAGAUUUCACUUGUGGGAAGAUAAUCGGUGAGCAGAAAUCACAGAAUUGUUCCAAAAAAAAGGUAGCAGUUUUUUUUACAAAGACCCACCAAACAAUGGCAGCCGGUGCAGAAAAGGGGGCUGAAACUCUGGCCCAAAUGUUGGUUGUUUGGACUGGACACUAUCUGCUCGACGUAUAAGGGAUGUGUGCAUUAAUGAGACGUGGAUGGGUUUUUGUUUUUACCUGGUACAGGAUGAUGCAACUCGCGGCUUGUUUUUGUUCUUGAAUUGUUUGUUGCCUUCCAUCUUUCUGUAAGGGAGUAGAGCAGGAGACACUGAAAUCACACAAGUCACAACGUGGGUAUAUUUAACCAUCAGUAAAGUGAAGCGAACGGGUACUGUUGUCGCCUAGUCUUUGUGCGUUUGUUAUCUUUUAUUUCUCUAAUGAUCUGUUUCAGGGGAGUCUGAAAAUGGUUUGAGUUUAAGGGCAUAACAGAAUAUUAAAAGAAAAAUUUUUAGCACUGCGCUAUAUUAGUUAACAGACUUUAGAAUACACAUUUUACAGACAAAUCGGGCCGUCUGCUAACGGAAAUUUCUGACAAAAGCCGCAAUGAGUUGUAAAAGAAGCGCAAGAGGCAAGGUGUGUAAACGCGCAGCGGGAACCUCACAUACACACACUCAAACACCCCGCUGUACCAACCUGCUGGCUCUGAUGUUACACUUUGCCACCGUCUUCCUCCCACUGUUCCUGCCUCCGAUGGCGGAUCAGGUGUGGAACGACUCCACCCCACCACUCUUCUUCUUUGUGUCACAGAUUACAGACAAGGCGUUACAGGCACAAGUACACCGCCUUCGAUUUGUCACUGGCUUAUGUUAACCACAAGGCUUUUUCCUUCACGUAGAAGGCUUGGGCAGGGUAAUGUCACAUAUGUCCAACACAGAAGGUUUCUGAGUUUCUUUUUAGCCUGCGUCUCCCUGACACAUUUGAACACGCUGACUCUUUUCAUCGAGUAACGAUUGGUCGACUAAAGGAGGCGUUCCUUUUCAUUUAGCAAUCAGAAAGUACUUCAAAUUCAAAUUAUUUUAAAAAUCUUAUUUAAAAAAAAAAAAAAAAAAAAACAAGUUAAGGGUGAGUUCACCAGGGUGCAACUCCCUGCUGUGGCUGACUUGUGAGAUGUCAGUGUCUCCUUUAUUUUGAUUCCUUGUUUAUGUGGACUUAUUCACCUCCACCUUCAUGACCGGGAAUCAGGGGUAUGUCGUUUUGUUUGUAUAACGCAUGCCAGUUGUUAUUCUGUUACAUUUUGGAGUCACAGAGUUCCCUUUUUUUUAGCAUUCAUAGGUUGGCCUCUCUAUUCAUACAUGAUUACUGACUUGUCAGAGUGAGAAAAGAACCAGGCGGAGAUUUAUUAAUUCUGUCCAGAUGAACAAAGAAUUCAGCAUUUGGGUUUUUUUUAAAUCUCUCAUUCAAGUAAAACCACUGUUGAAAAUGUAAACUGAUUUCUGUGAAGGAGUGCCAACAUGACAGUCUGGGUUUGAAAAUCUGAUUUCAGCUGUCACAGGUCUGAUGACUAAUGCAAGAAAAGAAAGAUCCAUAUUUAUAGAGUUGACUCUCAAGUCUUUAAAGCUCCAUUAGGGUCCUUAACAGUUCUACACUCAUUGGUCCUGCAGAUCGAUCGGUUACAGAAUAUGUUGCACCGGGCUGGCAAAGGAUAAAAGGCUGGUAGAAGUGCAAUAAAAGUUGCUCGCCAAUCCUGUGCACCAACAAAAAUUUCUAUCCUCUAUCUGCUUUUCCGGGGUGGACAUAUGAAGUUCCUCUUUCUCCUGUCUCUGACCUUGGUCCAUGAUGACAGAAGUGCAACACGUCAUACUCCAGAGCUGUUUUCACACAUGCACUCCUGAAAACCUCUAGAACGUAACAUGACAGCCUUCCUGAGUCGCUUAUUCACACGUCCCUUACAGUAAGACGUUUUCCUUGUGUGACGGGGGGGGGGGGGGGGGGGGGGGGGGGGUCUCAGGUUGCAAGAUAUGAUGUAAGAAAGAUGCUGCAGAAAUCCCAGAUGGCUGACAAAGCGACAAGGUCCAACACUAUAAUCACAGGUUUUUAGCCUUUGUGUCAAUACUUGGUGAAUUUGAGUGCACGGAUCACGUGCACAACCAUCGCACCAGCUGGUUGAUAGGUGAUCCCCCCCCCUCCUGCUCGCCUGUGGUGAAUAUUCCUACAUUUCACAUCAGCUCACCCUGACUUCAUGCAGACAUUUCUUUAAGGUUCUGACACUUGAAUUAGACUUCAGUGCAUGUGUGAAAACUCCAUAAGCCAAACCUACUGAAGAUUGAAAACUGUAGCACAUUCUCUAGUCCUGAAACCCUGAGAUCUAAAUGAAAAUAGCUUCACACAAGGAUAUCAUUGGAUUUUAGGAUUAUUUCAGCGCCUUUAUUCUACCAGAAAGGAAGUACAUGUACAACUAUCUUUACAUUCUGUUUGUCUCAUUUGCUUCUCUCCCUACCUUGUUUUUCUUCUUAGAGAUAUGAUCCCUUUGAGUUUAAUUUAUGAAUCCAAUCACCAGGUAAAGUCAAGUAACCAAAAAAAAGGAAAAAAUGUAUGCCUUGCGUACCUUAGCAAGUGCCCCCCCCCCCUACUCAUGCUUAGUAUCCUGUUUCCACUUCUGUCUUCCUCUAACUUUAGUUUUUUCCUUUCGGACGCUCAUCCAGUUCAGGGUGCUCUACCCUGCCAGUGGUGCAAAGGCUCACCUUAAAGGCAUUUUUCUGUUGUUACCGGGCAGACUAAAUGACAAGGAAGCACCUUCCCACAAUACAAAGUCGAUGAGGCCAUUAGCAGUUUAUCUUUCUGGUGUUUUGGAGGGAAAUCCCACUCUGUCUCUACAGACUUUUUCAUGAUGUCAUCGAUUUGCAAUGCUUGAUUAGAUUGCAAUGAUAGAAGUCAUGAUUAAUCAUGUUUGCAGGGUGAAAUUCAGAUUUGUUGUCCAGAAAUUCUCCUAAGAGUUGGCUGUUAGCAACACUGUGCCGUCUUUCAAAUCCCAAUCAUCCGAUUCCAGUGUUUGAACUGCAUUGAUUAGCUGGUUAACUUUAGAGGGGACACUUUAGUUUUUCUUUUCUCCCCCUGAGCCAGUCACCGGCCUUCCACCACAGCGUUUCAAAAAGGCUGACUCAUGCCUCGUGUCUCUGGAGCCAACACUCUUCUCAGCUGUUUCUUGAUACUUCUUUGUUUGAAAAGUAAUAAAUGGCUAAUCUAUAUACUUAACAUUUAAUUGUCGGUAAGAUAUAUGUGGUUCACAUUGUAAAAGAAAUAAAACCAUGAGUUGCAAUUGGAUGGACUAUGUUUCAUUAAAAAAAAAAAGUAAGGAAA